AUGACCAAUAGCAGUCAAUUCACCCCCAAAUAUUUUCUGCUCACUGGUUUCCCUGGUCUGGAAGCCCUAUACCCAUGGUUCAUCUUCCCAUUUUGUUCCACAUAUCUGGUGGCCCUUGUGGGCAACAGUUUGAUCUUGACAGUGAUCAAGAAAAACACCUCUCUCCACCAGCCUAUGUACCUCUUUCUAGCUAUGUUGGCCUUUGCCGAGCUUGGUGUUUCUGCUUCAACACUGCCCACUGUGCUAGGCAUCUUUCUUUUUGGUGCCAAUGAGAUCGACUUCGAAGCCUGCCUUCUGCAGAUGUUCUUCAUACAUGCUUUUUCUAUUAUGGAGUCAGGAGUUCUGCUAGCUAUGUCUGUGGACCGUUUUGUGGCCAUCUAUAAUCCACUGCGGUAUACUACCAUCUUGACCUUGCCCCGUAUUGCAGCUUCUGGUACUGCCCUUGGACUGAAGAGUGUGAUGCUUAUGUUCCCACUGCCCUUUCUCCUGAAGCGUUUGCCUUUCUGUGGCCAUAACACUCUCUCCCACUCUUACUGUCUGCACUCAGAUCUGAUCCAGUUGCCCUGUGGGAACACACGUCCCAACAGCAUUCUAGGGCUCUGCAUUGUCACUUCCACUUUUGGACUGGACUCACUGCUGAUUGUGGUCUCCUAUGCGUUGAUCCUCCACACAGUGUUGGGCAUUACCUCUGGGGAAGGGCGGCGGAAGGCCCUCAACACAUGUGUGUCACAUAUCUGUGCAGUGCUUGUGUAUUAUGUUCCCAUGAUCAGUAUGGCUCUGGUGCACCGCUUCAUGAAGCAUGCCGCACCUGCUGUUCGACUGCUCCUGGCCAAUGUCUGUCUGCUAGUCCCUCCUGUACUCAACCCCAUCAUCUACAGUGUGAAGACUAAGCAAAUUCGCCAGGGGUUGAUACAACUCUUCCUUCAAAGAAAAUAUUAA